AGGGAGGCAGCUCCCUUUGCUGGGCAGGAAGUGUUCUGACUUGCUGCCUGAGGUCUUUGUGAGGCAGACAGGAAUGCUGGCGCUCCACAUUCGCCUCGGAGGGUGUGGAGGGAGCACUGCCUCUGCCUCAACCUCUGCAGCCAUUCGCACCACAGAAAAAAGGCACAUUGUUGGAGUGAGGAAGGUACAGGUCGUUCUCCAGGGAGAUGGCAGCGAAGAUAUCCAAAGACGAGCUGGAGGAGCUGCGUGAAGCCUUCGGGAAAGUCGAUCUGGACAGUAAUGGCUACAUUAAUGACUACGAGCUCCACGACCUGUUCAAAGAGGCCAACCUGCCCCUUCCUGGGUACAAAGUCCGCGAGAUCAUCCAGAAGCUGAUGACCGAGGGGGACAAAGACAAGGACAACAAGAUCAGCUUCGAUGAAUUUGUUUCAAUCUUCCAAGAGCUUAAAAGUAGUGAUAUUGCAAAGACCUUCCGUAAUGCUAUCAACAAGAAAGAGGGCAUCCUGGCCAUCGGGGGCACAUCAGAACUGUCCAGUGCAGGCACACAGCACUCCUACUCAGAGGAGGAGAGGUUUGCUUUUGUGAACUGGAUCAAUUCUGCAUUGGAGAAAGACCUGGACUGCAAGCAUGUGCUGCCCAUGAACCCCAACACAAACGACCUCUUCAAGGCUGUAGGUGAUGGCAUCGUGCUGUGUAAAAUGAUCAACCUGUCUGUCCCCGAUACAAUUGACGAGAGAACAAUAAACAAGAAGAAACUGACACCAUUCACAACACAGGAGAACCUCAACCUGGCGCUGAACUCUGCUUCAGCCAUUGGCUGCCACGUGGUGAACAUCGGCGCUCUGGAUCUGCGUGAAGGAAAGCCGCAUCUGGUGCUGGGCCUGUUGUGGCAGAUCAUCAAGAUCGGCCUCUUUGCAGACAUCGAGCUCAGCAGGAAUGAGGCACUGGCAGCAUUGCUCCGGGAAGGUGAGACUCUGGAGGAUCUGAUGAAACUUUCCCCAGAGGAGUUGCUCCUGCGAUGGGCAAACUUCCAUCUGCACAACGCCGGCUGGCAGAAAAUCAACAACUUCAGCUCCGAUAUUAAGCUCUCAAACUUCUCAAACUCUGUGAAGCUCUCAGACUUCUCAAACUCUGUGAAGGACUCCAGGGCUUAUUUCCACCUCCUGAACCAAAUUGCACCCAAAGGCACCAAAGAGGACGAGGAACGCAUUGACAUCAGCAUGGCAGGCUUCAAUGAGAAAGAUGACUUGAAAAGAGCAGAGGCUAUGCUGCAGCAGGCUGAGAGACUUGGCUGCAGACAGUUUGUCACACCCGCCGACGUGGUGUCUGGAAACCCCAAACUUAACCUGGCGUUUGUGGCCAACCUCUUUAACAAGUAUCCAGCACUGACCAAACCUGAGAACCAGGACAUCGACUGGGGCCUGCUGGAAGGUGAAACCAGAGAGGAGAGAACUUUCCGAAACUGGAUGAACUCACUCGGUGUGAACCCGCAUGUCAACCACCUAUACGGUGAUCUCCAAGAUGCCCUGGUCAUCCUGCAGCUCUAUGAGAAGAUCAAGGUUCGUGUUGACUGGAACAAUAAAGUCAACAAGCCCCCUUACCCAAAGAUCGGGUCCAACAUGAAGAAGCUGGAGAACUGCAACUAUGCUGUGGAGCUGGGGAAAACUGCAGCCAAAUUUUCACUGGUGGGCAUUGGAGGCCAAGAUUUAAACGAUGGAAACCCCACUCUGACCCUGGCUCUGGUCUGGCAGUUAAUGAGGAGAUAUACUCUGAACGUCCUCGAGAACCUGGGAGACGGAGAGAAGGUGAACGAUGACAUCAUUGUCAGCUGGGUUAAUAAAACUUUGGCAGAGGCAGGAAAGAAGACAAAAAUUUCAAGUUUUAAGGACAAAGAGAUCAGCUCCAGCUUGCCAGUGUUGGACCUUAUAGAUGCCAUCCAGCCAGGCUGUGUCAACUACGAGCUAGUAAAAACUGGUAGCCUGGCAGAGAGUGACAAGCUGGACAAUGCUAAAUAUGCUGUAUCCAUGGCCAGGAAGAUCGGCGCGCGUGUCUAUGCACUGCCUGACGACCUGGUGGAGGUUAAACCCAAAAUGGUCAUGACCGUGUUUGCUUGCCUGAUGGGUCGAGGAAUGAAGAGGGCAUAAAAAUGUAAAACAAAAAAAAAAAAAUGCAAGGACGCUGCGGCCAAUCAAAAGCCGACGUCUGACCCACAAGCCAUUUGCUGGAUGAAAGGCUUCAGGUUGAAUAAUUUAGCCAUAACAAUUACGAAAAAAGAAACUCAAUUAGCAACAGAUGUUAAGGAAUCAUGUUUGUUUGGCAGGACUGGGGUUAGAUUUGUAAAUGGGAAUGGGCAUUUAGCUAAGGGAGGGUGGGAUGUUUUGGUUUGUUUUUGUUUUUUUUUCUAGACCAGAUUUAAGGUUCCAGCAGAUCUGCGACUGGUACAUUCCCUUCUACCUUUAUGAUGCAAGAUGACCAAAACAUAUCCGUGAUGGAACCUAAGCCAUGUCAGACUGUGCCAUGUGUAUUUUAUUUGCAUUUUUGAUUAUGGAGGAACGUGCGUGAGUGACUGGUGUCAUUUUAAAAUGUACAUCUUGAAUCUGACUGCUCUAAAACGUGGGUGAACAUGGAGACAAGGCCUUACUCAUGUGCAGUAUUGCCUAUAUGCAGUACAUAAUCCUGUGGCCUCUUUAUAAGACAUCGGGUGAGAUGCUUAUUUUCCUAGCGUUUUAUACAUAAGUAGAGUUUAUGGUAAAGCAGUUAGAACUACAUAAACAUCCUUUGCAGGCAGAAGCUUUAACACAUUCCAUAGUUAUGAUCUCAUUUUACUAUGUGUCUUAUGUACAUGUACAUGUAUACGCAAGAGUGCUUUUUACAUAGAAAAAAAGGAUGAUCCAAACAAAGAUAACUAUGCAUGAACAAUCUUUUUUUUAAUUUGUUAUUUAAAGCAAUACACUCCUGGGAAUUUGACAAAAGCUUUAAAAAUUAACGAAUGCUGUGUAGACAGUAAAAAAGAAAAAAUGGGAACAUAAAACGCUAAAUGAGGUUCAGUAUGGAACUUGUCUUUGUGAAUUGACUGUAAUGUUAAUGUUGGGGAGAUAAAACUGGAACUGCCUGGAUUUAUUGGAGCAUGUUGACUGGACAUAUGAUUAAGACCAAAACAUUGUAAACAUUUCUUGCAACUUGACCAUCUGCAUACUGAAAAUAAACCAGUUCAUAAAAA